AUGAACGACAUUUUCAAUGUGCAGAUCUUCUUCGUGGUCUUCAGAGAAGCGUUGGAGGCCGUCAUCGUCGUCUCCGUCCUUCUAGCGUUCGUCAAACAGAGUAUCGGUAACAAGAACCCAGCUGUGACCAAGAAGUUGGUUCGCCAAAUUUGGUUUGGAACGUUUGGCGGUAUCUUCAUUUGUUUGGCUAUCGGUUGUGCGUUCAUCGGAGCCUACUACUCGUUGAAGAACGAUAUCUGGUCCAAAACAGAAGACUUAUACGAGGGUAUCAUGUGCAUGAUUGCAACCAUUUUGAUCACGAUGAUGGGUAUUGCCAUGCUUAGAGUCAACAAGAUGCAGGCCAAGUGGAGAGUCAAGAUUGCCAGAUCGCUUGUGACCCCGCCAGAGAAGAAGAGUGAGAGAAUGAAGUGUGGCUACAUUGUCAAGAGAUACUCCAUGUUCAUUUUGCCCUUCAUCACCACCCUUAGAGAAGGUCUAGAAGCCGUUGUCUUCGUCGGUGGUGUCGGUAUCGGGUCCUCCGCAAAGUCGUUCCCGCUACCUGUCGUCUGUGGUUUGUUUGCCGGCGCCCUCGUCGGUGGCUUCAUGUACUACGGUGGUUCCGCCAUCUCGCUACAGAUCUUCCUCUGUAUCUCCACCGCCAUCUUGUACUUGAUUUCCGCCGGUUUGUUCUCCAGAGGUGUCUGGUUCUUCGAAAACUACGUGUUCAACCUCCAGACCGGAGGUGAUGCAGCCGAAAAUGGUUCCGGACCAGGCACAUACAACAUCCACAAAACUGUCUGGCACGUCAACUGCUGCAACCCGCUCAUAGACGAAGGUUGGGAUGUCUUCAACUCCUUACUCGGCUGGCAAAAUACUGCUACCUACGGGUCGAUUUUAGCCUACAACCUCUACUGGCUUGCCCUCAUUGUCACCCUAGGUUUGAUGCUUUUCGAGGAAAAGAGGGGCCACUUACCAUUCUGCAAGUCGCUAACUUUGAGAAAGUUGAACCCAAUGUACCACGUCAAGAACAAAAAGAAGAACGAGCUAAGUGAUGCGGAAGCAGCCCGCUUGUUCGAAGAAGCCCGUAACCAGUUACAAGAAAGAGUUUCGCUGGAGGACACCGACGCAAGUGCCGACUCUCACAAUGUCGAACUCGACGUUCUGAGAGAAGGCACAUCUGCAAACAAGGCAGAGAGCAGCAUCGAGUUUCACACAGUUCCUUUGGAUAAAAAAGAGAGCUUGGCUACCUAA